AUGGAAACCGAACCGCAAGUGCUCAUCGCCGGCGCGGGCCCCUCUGGGCUCGUGCUUGCGCUCAUCCUCCGGCGCAGCGGCGUGCACGUGCGGAUCAUCGACAAGGAGCCGGCUCACCGCCCCGGGAGCCGCGGCUCGGGCGUGCAGGCGCGCACGCUCGAGCUCUACGCCCAGCUCGGCCUCUACCCCCAGAUCGCGGCGUGCGGCGCGGAGAUCCCGAACAUCGCGCUGUACAAGCCGGGCAAGGAAAAUCUGACGCCGCAGAAGGAGUUUCGGCUGACGGAGCGGGCGGAGGCGACGCCGGGGAUGCCAUACCCGAAUGCACUCAACAUCCCGCAAGACGUGCACGAGGCAGUGCUGCGCGGCGCGCUUGUGGGGCUGGGCUGCACCGUCGAGCUCGGCGUGGAGCUGACCAAGUUUAGUCAGCACUCCGACGGUGUCCGCGCCACGCUCAAACACGCCGACGGCACGGAAGAAGUUGCCGAGGCCGCGUGGCUGGUCGGCGCGGACGGCGCACACAGUGUCGUGCGCAAAGGCCUGGGGCUGAAUUUCCUCGGUGAGACGCAUGAGGAGCAGGAGAUGCUGAUCGGGGAUAUCGAGGUCGACGGUGUGUCUCCCGGGUUGUGGCACAUGUGGGCCGACCCGCCGCGCACGAUGGUGCCUCCGCAGCGCGACGCCCGACUCCAAGCUCUUCAUCACGCCGGGCCGUUCACCCGGGACGAGUUCGUCGAGACGUUUUACGAGGUCACACAGCGCACGGACAUCACGUUCGGGAGGGCGACGUGGCUGUCGCGCUAUCGGCCGAACAUGCGCAUGGUGGAUCAGAUGCGGGCGGGCCGCGUGUUCGUCGCAGGGGAUGCUGCACACUGUCAUAGCCCUGCUGGAGGCCAAGGCCUCAACUCGAGUGUUCAAGACGCGGCGAACCUCGCGUGGAAGCUUGCGCUCGUGAUCAACCACCACGCCCCCGAUACGCUGCUGGACACGUAUGCAGAGGAGCGCCUCCGGGUGAUAGCGCAGAUGCUCGAGCUGACGACUGCCCUUUACCAGUCCACCUUUGCUGCGCUCCGGCUGAAGCAGCAGCUCGACGCUGAUACUGGCCCGACGGGCACGCGUAGGAACGGCGCGGAGCUCUCGAUGCUCGGCGUCAACUACUCCGGGAGCUCCAUCAUCGCCGAGGACCGUGGCGCCGGCCCGGCCCCGGCAUACGCGCCGAAUGUUGCGGAGGCGGGGAUCCGGGCCGCGUACCGCGCUCCGGAGGCCCCCGGGCUCGUCGUGCUCGACACGGCCGCCGGAGCGAAGAAGGAAACGAGCCUUUUUGAGGUGUUUGACGUCGCCCUGCACACCGUCCUGCUCUUUAGCGCGCCUUCUGCAGAGCUCUCUGGCCUCCGCCGGCCCAGGGGCUUACCCUCAGGGACAUCACAGAUCGUACAGAUCCUUCCGGACUCUAUCGACACUUCAUCUCUCGAAGCGGAGGGCGUGGACAUCGUACUGCACGACGCGAAGGGACAUGCAUAUGUCAGCUACGGCGUCGGACCCGGCGAAACUGUGCUCGUGGUUGUGCGCCCCGAUGGUGUCGUUGGCACGGUGCAGCGUGUGAGCGCGGAGGAAGCCGUCGCCGGCGUGAAGGGGUAUUUCACGAAAAUUUUCGGGUGA